UCUGGCUUGUGCACUACGUGUCAAAGUCUUUUUUUUUUUUUUUUUUGAUUAGUUUUCUCAAAACUAGAAUUACAGUUGACAGUACUAAAAAAACUCGAGUGAAAAUUUGUAGUAUCUCAAACAAUACAGCUUCUCUGCUUAGCAAGAAUUUCAACUCGACCUCAUUUAAAAGUUUAGAUAACAAAUUAUUAAACAAGAUGUAUAUUAUAGAUAAUAUAUGGUUAUUAUUCCUUAAAACACUUCGUCCAAUAAUUUACAUUUUUUUGACCAGCACACGCGCUUUGUCAUUUGUUUUAAUAAAAAAAAAACUUGUCCUCCCUCGACUAUCUUGCGAAUACCAUUCAUUACGUUACACAUUAUUUUCAGCAAGUGAGUUUUCAGUUUUCACCUUCUGCAAUGGCUUGCAUCAGAAACCAAAGCAGUUCUUCAUCACACACAAAGAAUUUUGAUGUGUUUGUGAGCUUUAGAGGUGCGGAUACACGGAAUAAUUUCACUGGUCACCUUUUUGCAGCUCUUGAGAGGAAAAGUAUUGAUGCCUUCAAAGAUGACCAAAAAAUCAAGAAAGGGGAAUUCUUGGAACCUGAGCUCUUGCAGGCAAUCGAAGGAUCACGUGUUUUCAUUGUUGUCUUCUCAAAGGACUAUGCAUCAUCCACAUGGUGCAUGAAAGAGCUCCAAAAGAUCGUUGAUUGGGUUGAAAAAACUGGUCGAAGUGUUCUCCCUGUUUUCUAUGAUGUCACUCCUUCCGAAGUUCGAAAACAAAGUGGAAAGUUCGGAGAAGCUUUUGCUAAACAUGAAGAAAGGUUUAAAGAUGAUUUGGAAAUGGUACAAAAAUGGAGGGAAGCUCUGAAUGCAAUCACAAAUCGUUGUGGGUGGGAUGUACAAAAUAAGCCACAACAUGAAGAAAUUGAAAAAAUUGUUGGGGAGGUAAUAAAUCUAUUAGGUCAUAAUCAUAUUUUUAGUUUUGAAGAUGAUUUAGUUGAUAUGGACUAUCGUGUGAAACAAUUGGAGGAACUUCUAGAUCUUGAAGAUGAUAAAGUUGUUCGAGUCAUAGGGAUUUGUGGGAUGGGUGGAAUAGGAAAGACGACACUUGCAACUGCUUUGUUUAAUAAAAUUUCUCCUCAAUUUGAUGUUUGUUGUUUCAUAGAUGAUAUAAACAAGAUUUAUGAGGAUUUUGGAUCGACAGGAUUGCAAAAACAACUUCUUUGUCAAGCUCUAAACCAAGGAAAUAUAGAGAUAAAUAAUACUUUCCAUGGAACCAUGUUGGUAAGGACUAGGUUAUGCCACUUAAAGGCACUUAUUUUUCUUGAUAAUGUUGAUCAAAUUGAACAGUUAGAGAAAUUGGCUUUACAUCCUAAAUAUCUAGGUGUAGGGAGUAGGAUCCUCAUAAUCUCUAGAGAUAGCCAUAUUUUAAGAAAUUAUGGAGUGAAUGAAGUUCACAAUGUUCAAUUAUUAAAUGCAAAUAAAGCUCUUCAAUUAUUUUGCAGAAAAGCUUUCAAAUCUGAUGAUAUUUUGAAUAAUUAUGAAGAGUUAACAUAUGAUGCACUAAAAUAUGUUGGUGGCCUUCCUUUAGCAAUUAAAGUGUUAGGCUCAGAUUUGUUUGAUCGAGACAUUUAUGAGUGGAGAAGUGCAUUGGCUAGACUAAAAGAAAAUCCAAACAAUGAUAUUAUGGAUGUGUUACGAAUAAGUAUUAAUGGGUUGAAGGAAAUGGAAAAGGAAAUAUUUCUAGAUAUUGCAUGUUUCUUUUCUAGUGGAACUAGAGAAGAAAAAUAUUCUUAUUGGUAUUGGAUAAGAAAUGUGGAGAGACUUCUAAACUAUCGUGGAUUUUAUCCUGAGAUUGGUAUAAAAGUUCUCAUUGAGAAAUCACUCAUAAGUUGUAAAAAUAACAGAGUUCAAAUGCAUGACUUAUUGAAAGAGUUGGGUAGGACUAUUGUCCAAGAAAAAUCACCAAAAGAGCCAAGAAAGUGGACCAGGCUUUGGGAUGGCAAGGAUCUUCAUAACAUCAUGAUAAAAAAUAUGGAAGCCAAAAAUCUUGAAGCCAUACUUAUUGAACAACAUCCACUAGAGUUACAAGAAACAACAUUGCCGACGAACGCUCUAUCAAAAAUGAAUCAUCUUAAGUUGGUCAUACUUGAAAAUAUAAAUUUUUCAGGAAGUCUCGAUUAUCUUUCAAAUGAAUUAAGAUAUGUAUAUUGGAAAAAAUAUCCUUCCAGAUGUUUGCCAUCAAGUUUUUAUCCGGACAAACUAGUAGAAUUGUUCUUGCCUUAUAGCAAUAUCAAACAAUUAUGGGAAGGAACAAAGUAUCUGCCUAAUUUGAUAAGGCUAGAUCUCAACAACUCCAAAAAUCUUACUGAGAUGCCAGACUUAAGAGGAGCCCCACGUCUUAAGUAUCUCGAUCUUAGCGGAUGUAUAGAAAUUGUGCGGAUCGAUCCAUCCAUUGGUAUUCUAAGAGAACUUGUUUCUUUGAGUUUGAGAAAUUGUAAAAAGCUUUUCAUCAAUCUGAAUAUCAUUUUUGGACUCAAUUCUCUUAAGGGGCUAGAUCUCGCAGGUUGUUCAAAAUUACUUAAUAAUAGACUACCAAAGAAACCAAAGGAGACAGAACAUUUGGAAAAGGUUGAAACAAAUAGAAGUGUUAUCCAAUUAUCAACAUCCUCUAUAUAUGAAAUUCUAAUGUCACCUUUCAAUUUCCUUUCCAAUCGCAAAAAUAAAGAUUCACUUGGUUUGCUGGUGCCUUAUUUGUCUCGUUUCCCAUGUUUGCUUGGUCUUGAUCUGAGCUUCUGCAAUCUACUUCAAAUCCCUGACGCUAUUGGUAACUUACAUUCUUUAAAAACAUUAAAUAUGGGGGGAAACAAAUUCGUGAGACUACCUACUACCAUCAAGGAACUUUCAAAUCUUGAUCAUUUAAAUUUGGAACACUGCAAACAGUUGAAAUAUUUGCCUGAACUUCCAACAAUAAAAGAACAAGAACGUGGCAAAUAUGUUAGGGAAUUAUUUAUUUUUAAUUGCCCAAAUUUGAGUGAAAUGGAACAUUGUUAUCAUAUUGCUUUUAGUUGGAUGACACAAAUCUUUAAGGCUUUAUUGGAAUCCUCUCUUUCCUUGGUUAACAUUGAGAUUAUCAUUCCUGGAACUCAAAUUCCAUGGUGGUUCAAUAAACAAAAUGUGGGUAAUUCAAUAAGCAUGGACCUAUCUGUUGUUAUGGAAGACCCAAAUUGGAUAGCUAUUUCCUGUUGUGCUAUGUUAGUGGCAUGUCAUGAUGAUUCUGCUGAUUUGAAUGAUAGAUGGCAACUUGAUUAUGUAACUACUGGAUACAGUUUUCAAAAUAAUCAAGUUUUGGGUAAUACAUAUUGGGCAAUUUCAAUAGCUGUAAACGAUGAUCUGAUCAUGGGUGAAAUAGAUCACUUGUUCAUAUUGUUUCUUUCUCGGGAAAGUCUCAUUCAUCAUCUAGAUCCAUAUGAAGACGAAAUGAUUGAUCUUGAUAAAAUAGGAUUCACAAUUGGCAUAUUUAAUCUGCCUAAAGAUUUGCAUUUUGAGGUGAAAAAUUGCGGGUAUCGUUGCGUAUUUAAGAAGGAUCUUGAACAAUUAAACCUAAACACGAUGUUCGGCGGAAAUUUUUCAUCUAUGCAAGCUUUUAACAAGUGAUUAGCCACACAUCAUUCAUUGAGCUUAUUCAUGGAAAGCGUAGAAAUCUCUUUUCAACCACAAUUCCAUCAAAGAAAUACUAAUCCAUUUGAGGGUAAAGUUAAUCUUACUCGGGAACAUUGUUAAAAUUGAUAGUAUAAGCAUAUUUGGUCUUGGAUUGUCAUGAGUUGUAAACUAUGAUCCAUAGCCAAUUGUCAAGAUUUCAAGAAAAAUAACAACUCAAUCCACCUAUUGGAUUCAAGCUCAAUCCCGGCCCAUUUUUAAAGAGAAUGGAUCAAGAAUGAGGAGUUGUACAGUUGCACUCGUCUAAGGUGCUCCAUUAGCCAUUGUGGAUUUGGAUCUUGAGCUAAAGACACUUGUUAAUAAGUCUUGAUGUUUUUAACUAAUAUAAUUGAUCAAAUCAUCAAUAAGGAAGAUUAACUGUGCUUAUUAAUUCAUCAUAAUUACGAUUAACUCCCAUCUAUUAUCAUAUUCAUCAAAUUAAAUCUUUUGUAUCUAAAGUUUCUAAUAAGCCUUCUAUGGUUCCUAAGUUUACAAAAUUCAUUUUAAGUGCAUGCUUCUGUAAAAUUUGAUCAAUUUUCAAAUAGUGCAUUUAAUUCAUUUAUCAAUACUUGGUGGCACUUAACGUUUAUAUGCAUUAUAUUAACAAUCAUUUCACAAGUUAUACAUUGAAACAUGAAUGUUUUCCCUUUCCAAGUGUACCACAAAUAACAGAGAAAGAAGAAAGCGGGAGAAAGGAGCAAGGAAUUAUGUUGGUGAAGAUUCAAAUAAAUAUUUUGGGUAUUGGUUAUUCACUCCUCUUUCUACAAGCUGGAAACUACUCAAAGUGAAUUCCACAUUUUGGGAACAUGAGGUGAUACAGUGAUAUACACGACCAAUAGCAGGAAUCAGUGGUUAAAACUUAAAACAGAUAUGUAGAAUUGAAAAUAGUAUAAUGGAGUCCAACUUUGAUAAUUAUGCAGUCGGGUAAGAUGCUUGCAUGGCUAUGCCACAGAGUCCUUCAGCAGCACUCACGCCCCUUUGCAUCCUAAUGUACCCUUCUUCCCCCCAUUCGGUUCCCCAUGAGUUCUUAACCAACCAAUACUCAGUCCCAUCACUAACACCAUAACCCACAGCAGUAACACCAUGAUCCAACUCAGUUCCACAUGAACCUGUGAAAACACCACUUGUGUAAAACUGAAAGUCAGAGCCACUGGCAUCAAUGGCUACAGAAACUGGUUGAUUUGCCACAGCCUUUUGCAGUGCCUUCUCAUUGUUGGCAGGAACAUCCUCAUACCCAGUAAUGGUAGCAGCAUCGUUGCCUGCUUCAUUUGCAUUGCACUUUCCAUCAACACCCUCAUACGGGUACUUGGCUUCUGUGUUGAGUCCAUGGUUUUGGAUGAUGAAUUUGAAUGCAUCAUCCAUAAGACCACCUUCACAACCUUGGUCUACACCCUUUGUGUCACAAUCAACAAUUUCUUGUUCUGAUAAAGAGAUCAAUUUUCCACUACUCAGUUUAUGAAUUCCUUCAGUUGCUGCAACAGCAGAAAACGCCCAGCAACAUCCUGCAAGACAAAUUAAUUGUUAGAUAACAAUCAUUCAAUUUAAUUUGACUUGAGAAAUGAAUUAUCAAGCUCUUACCACAUUGGCCUUGGUCCUUGAUAGGUGUAACUGCUCCUUUUUGUCUCCAAUCUAUAGAAGAUGGUACUGCAGUCACAUUUUCAUACUUGAAAGUAGUUGUCCUUAUUAUUGAGGAACACAUGUGCCCCUUGAAUCUAUUUCUUGGUGCUAUGAACUCCUCGUUCGUGAGGUCUGCAAAUUUAUUGAUGCCUAACUUGUAAGGUUUAUUGGCAGCAUUGUUGAAGGCUUCAAUGUAAUUCACAUUGUCCUUGAAUAUCCUGAAACGCUUUUCCCUUUCCUGAGGGUCCUUAUACACUUUGCCAUAACGAAGCAUCCAUUGCUCAUGCCUCGGAUACAUGGAGGCAUCUUGAAGAGUGCGAGAUGAGACUUGAAGAGCCCAGAAUGCCAUGCACAAAAGCAUUGCCAAUAAAAUAUGAUACAAAUGAUUUUUGGCAACCAUGGUGGCUAGUAGUGUAGUGUGACAAUUAUGGGAAGAGUUGCUUCAGGUUGGUUAAUGAAAUGUGAGAAAGAUGUGUUGUGG